AUGGAAGCUACUGAGGACCUGAGGAAAAAGAGGAUUAAGGAGGAUAACGACGACCAGGAAUGGACCACCGUUACCUCAAAAAGGACAAGGAAGCAGGAAAAAAGAACCAGCUUCAAGGAAAAUGCUCCAGAAAAAAACGCAAAUGGAAACCAAGUCAGGGAAAAAAUCACCCACUUCAGGGUCAUUGCAAACAACUCGGCCGAACGAUUCAGAGCCAUAGCAGCCUUCCAGACCAGGUUCAAAAGCCUGCAAUUCCAGGCUAAACCCAACAAGCAGGGUCAGUGGACCAUCUCAUCCAGAGAUGCAAAAACAAUUAGUACCCUGAGGUCCACUACUGCAAUCAUCAUCAAAGAAUUAAAAGAAGAGGAGAGAAUCAAGAAAGCAGUAGUGGUUGGCUACCCGCUUGAAAUGCCUGAAAGCCACCUAACCAGCGCAGCCAACGUGACAGCUGCGGUUAGAAUGAAGAACAAGCAAGGUAUACUUACCAAAGCUGUACUAGUCACCUUCGUAGGGACCAUCCCAGAAAGAAUUGACCUGGGAGUAUUCGGGAGAUAUGGGGUGAAAACGUACUACCCGGAACCCCUAAGGUGCUUCAAAUGCCAGAAAUUUGGGCACCAUAAGAGCCAAUGUCAGGCAAAGCAAGAGACCUGUGCAAUAUGCAGCAGAAAACAUCCCACUGAAGACUGCAUUGCCAAAAGGAAAGCAGGGGAGACCACAACACCAAAGUGCCCCAACUGUAGCAAGGCACACAUUGCCAUGGCCUGGGGAUGCCCUGAGAGACUGGCAAGAGUAAAGGCCGCUCUGCCCAAAGAAACAAGAAGAGAGAGGAGCUUAUCAAGAGGAAGGGCAGCACCAAAACCUCAGCCCAGAAGAUGA